AUGAAAAUCAGUGAUCCUUUAUUAGAGUAGCGAGACAUAUAAACCCAUAAGGAUGACUGGCUAUACACAAGAAUUUCGAAAAUGAUUAGAUUGAUUAAUAAUAAAAGAGAAUAACUCUAAAAUAAUUCAUUGUAAGAAUACUGCGUGAAAAUAACUGAUUCCAACUACAUCCUGAAGCAUUACAAUAAGUAAAUAUAUGGAUAUUUACAAAAAAAUGAAACAAAUUUUAGUAAAGAAUUAUUUUAUCGUUAGAUGACAAACUCUGUAUUUAUUUUCUUCCAACAAAUCGUCGCGUCUAUUUUACAAUUAGCUAAUAUUUUGAUGUUGGAUUUGUUUACUGAUUCUUUAAAAGAGGAGAGUUCUUAUUAUGUUCUAUAUUUGAUUUUACUCCUCAUUUUUUCAACCUAUCUAUCUUCAAUUCAAACUCAUCAAGUAACGCAAUUCUUAGGAAAGCUAGAUGUAUUAUGUAAUUAUGAAUUAUACAAAAAAUUGCUUGCAACCCAUUAACAUUAAAAAGAUUAAAAAAUCCCAAAUAUAAAUACUUUGAUAACAAAUGAUAUUGAAUAGAUUAAACAACUUCAUUUUUCUUUAAAAGAGGGAACUUUAGCUUGUUGUAUGCUUAUAGGAUGCAUAUCAUUCCUAUAUUAUAAAGAUGUGCAUGCAGGCAAUGUAAUUUUAAUAGUAAUUUUUUGUGCCUAAGUUUUCAAUUUUAUUGUAACUUUUAUAAUGAUGCAAGCAUAAGAACGUUUGUUUUAAAGGAAAGAUUAGAGAAUCAAUUUGACUACAGAUGUAUUACAUGGUAUAAAAUAAAUUAAAUAUCUUUCAUGGGAGUAAAUAUUUAGUAACAAAUUAAUUUUCAAGAGGAAAAUGGAAUUUGAAAUGCUUGUGAUAGUCAAAAUAUUUGAUGGUCUUUUAGUAUUAUUUUGGAAUAACAUCAAUUACAUAUUGCUUUAUUUUUAUAUCCAAAAUAGCAAGGUCAAUUUAAUAGAUUUGAAUGUUUUUACAUUGAUUGCUAUAUUCAAUACCAUGAUUUAUCCUUUAGGAAUAUUACCAUUUUGUAUAAAUUUCCUAUUCAGUGCUAUUGUGUCAAUAAAAAGAGUGAAUACUUAUUUUAAUUAAGCGGAUGUACUUGAUAUAAAGGGAAAUUAAAUAUUUGGAAAUAGCGAGAUUAUUUUGAAGAUAGAAGAUGGAAUAUAUAAAUUAAGUGAUGACUUUAGUUUAAGAAUUAAUAACUUAUAAAUAAAGAAACAAACUCUUAAUUUUAUUGUUGGACCUAUUGGAUCAGGUAAGAGUACUCUCUUUAAUGUAAUAUUAAAUGAAUUAUAAGACAUGAAAGAGAAAUCAAAAUAAAUAGGAGGAACUAUUUCAUUUUGCUCCUAAAACAAUUGGAUUCAAAAUUAAACAAUUAGAUAAAAUAUCUGUUUCGGUUAAGAAUAUAAUUAAUAAUUGUUUACAAAGGUGGUUGAAUUAUGCUAAUUAAAUGAAGACAUAUAGAAAUUUGAGAAUUUUGAUCAGUAUUUAGUGGGUCCAGAUGGAAAUAACUUAAGUGGUGGUUAAAAAUAAAGGAUAGCAUUAGCGAGGGCUAUAUAUUAGAAUACAGACAUUUAUUUAUUUGAUGAUGUUUUUUCUUCUCUUGACAUACCGGUUGCAAAUGCAAUAUUCUAAAAUCUAAUUAUAGAUUAUCUAAACAAUAAAACAGUUCUAUUUAUUACCUCUAAUCAGCACUUUAUAAAUAAGAUACCAAAAAAUGCCAAUAUAAUUUUAAUGGAUCAAGGAUCAAUAAUUGAAUAAAAUAUUAAUGACUCAUCUAUAAUUAGAAAGAUGAGUAAAAAAUCAGAGGAUAUAAAUAAUGAAGAGGAAUAAGCAGCAGUUAAGGAUGAAAAUAAUGAUUAAGGUUAGGAUUUAGAAGAGAGGGAGAUAGGAGAGGUUGAUACUAAAGUUUGGCUGUAUUAUUUUUCUUCAAUGGCAUGGCCUUUAAUAAUAUUGUAUCUGAUUUUCAAUUUUUCACUGUAAGGUGCUUUGUCAUAUAUUGAUUUUUGGUUGAAGAAUCAACACUUUGACGAUAAAUUUUCCUCAACAUUCACUUAACUCUUACUACUAGCAUUAGGGGUUACAGUAUUUAGAGCAACAUUUUAUGUCUUAGUAUCACUAAAAUCAUCGUGGACUAUUUUCAAAUAAUUGAAUGAUUCAAUAAUGAAAGCAAAAAUGGUAUUCUUUGAUAAAACUAAUGCUGGUAGAAUAAUCAAUAGAUUAUCAGGUGAUAUGGAAACUAUUGAUGGUUUAUUGCCCUGGAGUUUCGAUAUAUUUUUAGAAGCUUUAGCAAGAGGAUGUGGAUUUGUUAUUGGACUAGUUAUCUUAUUUCCUUACAUUAGUAUAGGAUUAAUUGGAGUUUUCUAUGCUUAUUAUUAUAUUGCAAAUACAUAUAUAAAAACUAAUAGGGAAUUAAAGAGAUUGAAAUAAGUUAAUCAUGCUGAACUGCUUGGAUGGAUCAAUGAAACUUAGAAGGGAUUAAAAACUAUUAGAGCUUAACAAAGAUAGACUUAUUUCUUUGAUUGUUAUUUAGACAAAUUACAUACAUGGAAUGCAUGUGAGCAAAGCAGUUUGAGAGCUAAGUUUUGGUACUUUGUGAGAUUGAACUUAAAUUGUAAUUUAUUAUUGUUACUCUCUACUUUUAUUGUUUUAUUGAGUCCUGAUGAUUAUGCUAGUAAAUCUUUAGCUUUGACUUAUUCAAUCUUAAUUAUUGAUAACUUCAACGAAUUAUUCAAUUUUUACUUAUAGACUGAAUAAAUGAUUAUCUCUGUUGAGAGAAUUAGAUAAUACUACGAUAUCCCUUAAGAAGAUAUACUUAAGAAAAACACAUUAAUAAAGAUAAUAAACUUCAAUGACUCAUGCGAUCUAAAAUUUAAGGAAAUCUGUCUCUCGUAUGAUUAGAUUAAUUAUCAACUUAAAUAGCUAAGCUUAAAAAUUAAGAAGAAUGAAAAAAUAGCAAUUGUAGGUAGAACUGGAUCUGGCAAAACAUCAAUAAUGAAUGUUCUUUUUUAACUUUAUUAAUAAUAAACAGGCAAUUUGUUAAUUAAAGGACAAGAAGCAUAAUAUUUAUCAUUAUAAGAACUACGAUCCUAAUUAUCCAUAGUACCUCAGUUUGGAUUUCUUUUUGAAGGAUCUUUAUAUGAGAAUCUGGAUCCUGGAUAAACUAUAGACAAACAAUAAAUAGAUCAAUUAUUGACUCAGUUUAAUUAGCUAAAACCUGAUUUGCAUAUUGAAUAAGGUGGUAACAAUUUAUCCAAUGGGGAAAAAUAAUUAAUCAACUAUUUGAGAAUCGUCUUAUAAAAUAAGUCUAUUGUCUGUUUGGACGAAGCAACUUCAAAUAUUGACCCUUAAACUGACAAACUACUUCACGAAUAUUUGUUUAAAUUUACUGAGAAUAAAACCCUCAUUGUCAUCACUCACAGAUUGGAUCACUUAGACAAGUAUGAUAGAGUAAUAUAUUUGGAUAAAGGAAAGAUUUAGAAGAUAGAAUGA